AUGGUUCACAAGAAUGAGCGAGGUGAUUCAGCGAAGAGUGGUUGGACCCGUAAUGGAGCAAGUCCAAACAGCUGGAAGGAGCCGUGGCUUGCAGUCACCAGAGUGCUCGCCAGCUUCUGUGUGGCAUUCCCAGCCAUCCAGGCCGGCAACUCCAACGGCACCACUGAUGAGCCAAGAGAUGAGGCAGGCUAUGACUUCUUGGACAAACCGUCCUUCCCUGCUCACGGCUGCGCCAAGGAGACAGGCGGAGGAGUCCUCCAAUGGAUCGAUUUCCCAGGAGGUUGUCAUGGAAGAGGUCAGAAGGCAAGUCAAGGCCGCUCUGGAUACGCAGGUGGGGGUGAACCACAAGCUACAAGGGGUGGUGGACGUGUGGAUCGUCUUUUACCUCCCGCUGGACUUUCGGCACAAUCUCCUGUACCUGGUGGCAAUCCCUAUGAGACUGACGGCAAGCAGGCAGGUCAUGAAUCUCAGACAGGACCGUCGGGUAUCAGUGGUCACCGUGAAGGAAUCCCUCGUGAUGACGGCGAAGGACCUGGCACGGGUGCUGCGAUUGGAGAGGACAAUGCCAUGGUUGGUCAUCUGCACUUGUUGGUACAAGGAAUGAGACAGUUGCAGCAGCUUCAGAUGAACAAGAAGGACCACUCGGAAGCAGAGGCCGUAAAGGGGAGUGUUGAGUUGCAAAAGAUGCCAGAGCCCGGUGACGCGGCGGUGGAGUUCAAUGAUUGGAUGUAUGUCACCGAGCAGAUGCUAGGCGCCUUGACGGAUAAUGCAAGUGCUUGGUUUGGUCAGUGCCUUCAGUGUGCAAGGGAGGCCUAUGUGAAGUACCAGAAUGCGUCAGCGCUCGAGCGGCUCAGCAUAAGCCCUGAGCUCACUGAUUCCUUGAAGGACCCGAAGUGGUUUCGUUUGGAGCGUCGUGUUCUCUCGCUUCUUUUGGCAGCGAUGCCAAAGGCGGUGAAAGAGGACACCAUCACACACCGCAUAGAGUCCGUUGCGGGUGUCCUCUACAGACUUCAUGUGAUCUACCAGCCGGGCGGCGCCUUGGAGCGCACAGCAAUCUUGAAGCAUUUAGAGGGCACUGUGGGGCCUGAAGAUCCUGGUGAGGUUGUGGCCCAGCUUAGACGAUGGCGAAGGCAUCUAGCCAGAGCUGAGGAGAUGGCCAUCGCGCUGCCAGAUGCUAGCCUGCAGCUCAAGGGACUGGAAGCCAUAACCUUCAAGGCCCUUGAAAGGCUCCCGGAUGUGAAGUUCAGGUUGGCCUUAGCAAAGAAUGAACUCAGAUUGGCUUCGUCGCCUACGGCAGAGACAGUCUUGAAGUACUACCAGCACCUUUUGGCGGAACUACAGCAGGCCAUACCCAACAACAAGCUGGACCACGCCAAGCUAAAAGGAGCUACCACAGCCUCGAACACAGGCCAAGGGACAGGGGGAUCAGGAACUCCAAGUGGAUCACCAAAACGAGGAAAGGGUCCUUGCAAGUUCUUUCAGUCGGAGAGUGGAUGCAAGAGGGGAGCUAGCUGCACAUACACCCAUGAGUUUGCCUCCAGGGCUGAUCGAAAGCAGCGGUGCUGGUCCUGUGGAGCCACGGGGCACCGACAGCAAGAAUGCCCAACAACCACUGGGGGAGGAGUGAAAGGAAGUGGCAAGUCCACUGGGGGACAGUCUACGUCAACGACGGCUACAGUGGCGACAGCAAGCGCUGCGCAGGUGCAACAGCCACCGGCGGAGACCGGAACUGCUGGAGUGCAGGCACAACCAGAAGCCGCAUCAUCAUCGUCUUCGGCAUCUACGGCGGCAACUGAGGCAGCGGCGCAGCGUGAGGAAAUGAAGAAGUUGCUGCGUGAAGCAAGCUCCAUGCUGAGCAAAAUCCAGCUGAUGACAAUGAAGGUGGAGGACACUAACAAGGCCGCCGAGGACCUGGAACUUCUGCUGAGGUCCGCCGGAAUGGACCAGCAUGGAUUGGCCCUUCUAGAUUCGGGUGCGUCCCACCCCUUUCGCAGUCCGGUGGAUACAAAUGAGCUUGAGGCGGCGAACAACGUUGGCGUGGAGCUAGCGGACGGCCAAAUGGUGGAGUUGAAGCAGACGAACACCGGAACAUUGCUCAAGGCAAAGAGUGAAACCACUCAGGCGCCAAUAGUGCCUCUUGGGGCGCUGGUGCAGCAGCUGGGAUGCUCAAUAAGCUGGUCAAAACGCCAAGGUCUUCGCGUUAUUCAUCCUGAGCACGGUGACCUUCAAGUGAAGAUGCGAGGAACCUGUCCUUACAUCUCUGAACUCGAAGCAUUGAAGCUUAUCGCGGAGAUUGAAGAUAAGAAUUUGGAGAGGCUGCAACAAACUACAAUGAGGAGUUUGUGGACCACCUCCUCUUCUUCUAAUCCACUCCCUUGGAGCGCAUACUUGGAGGCCUAUGUGAAAACAGGAAGGAGAAGCAGCGCUCUGGCGGCGAUGAUGGAUUCCAGCUUUCCACUCAAUCUGGAAACCGUGACGGAUCGGUUCAGCUUCGUGGGCUCCGAGGACAUCGACUUGAGCGACGACGCAGGCUUUGGGUACUUGAAGUCGCUACCCGUGAACCGGAAGUUCAGGCGAAGGCUCCAUGGGUCACGAUGGAUUGUUCAUCUUUACGAUAGAAAAAAUGAGACCGCCUCCCAUGAGUUGAAGAAGUUCGAAACUGAGGACAUCGUGGUCUUGGAGAUUGACUUGCAGCGGUCCAAGAUGUACAACCUGAAGGGCUGGAACAAUGUUCUUCGGGCCCUAAUGUGGGCGGGAUGCCGGGGACAGCUGGAAGGCAUCCUUGGAGGACCUCCCCGAAGAGAGGGUGAUGAGCUCAGGAGAAAGCUGAUGUACACUUGGAUGGUGGCUGAAAGGGGAGCAGCGGUUAACAACCUCAAGAAGCCCUUCCUCUUUAUGGAGUACCCCGGUGAGAUGGAUUGGUGGAAGUCAGAUGAAUGGAGGAAUUUCCGGGAUGAGUAUCAGUUGUCCCAUGUGAGCUUGGAGGCAGGCCAGGGCCAAGUGUUCCAUGCCGCAACAAAUAUGAACUUCGUCAACCAUGUCAAGGAGCCCAGGGUCGAGAAGGGAGUAUCCACCAAAUGGACAACAAGCUUGUUAAGGGCAGUGCGCGAUGGGAUGCUGGAGGACAUGUCCGAGAAAGAGCUCAAGCAAUGGGCCAAGCAUGUUCGGGAUGGACAUGUCCCGUUCAACAAAAGGACCAGAGGAAUCGACGCUGAUGGCAAGUACCGCUACGCACUUGUGGGUUCAUACUGUAUGCCGAGGCUUGAGGGAUACAAGGACGUGGACAUUCCUUUGGAACGUGAUCCAGACAGCUUGCAACCAGAUGCAGAUGACGGUGGUGGUGUGGGUCCAAUGCUUGAGGAGGAGGACGAGUUUCUCCAGGAGGAAGAAGUUGAGGACAUUCCGUUCUCUCCUGGUGACCAAGUUGAACUGGAGCAGAAGAACGAAGACUACAAGAAGUUCUACAGCGAGGUUGUCAAGGAAGUGGGCGAGCCCUUGGAGUUUCAGACGUUGUUGUACGUGAUACCCCUCAGAUCCAGACAGAAGGUUGAUGUCAACGCGGCCAUGAGGCGAAUGUACUUGCAACUCCGUCAAGAAGGACAUCCAGUUACCCGAGUGCACUCAGAUAGAGCGCGCGAACUCAAGUCGUCGGCGUUGAGACAAUGGCUGUAUGAGAAAGAUGUUUGGGUUACUACUGGAGAGUCCCAAACGCCCCAACAAAAUGGUCGAGCUGAAGCUGCGGUGAAGAACCUGAAGAAGUAUGCCAAGGUCUUACUUGCGAGUUCGUCACUCCCACGAGAAUGUUGGCCCCUGGCUAUGACGUACGCAGCUCAGAGACAGCGCCUACGAGCUUUAGCACAGCCUCUCGCCAAGGACCCAGGCUUUGGAGCACGGGUUGCGGUGAAGUCAAAGGUCUUUGGGACCGGGGGCUCAUAUGACCUUAACCCCCGUUGGGGCGAGGGUCGGUUUGUGGGCUACAGCAGUGACGUGAAGAACGGCCUGGUGGUGAGGUAUGAUGAUGGAACCUUUGUCACUAGUUGCCAUGUGCGAGAAGGUUUGGUGAAUGCCGAGGCUCUUGCUGACGAUGAGCCCGUGGAGGUUGAUCUACCCGUUCCGACAAGAAGGCUGAGAACGAAAGCCAGGCUGGCUCUGCUCACCAGUGUGUACAACGAGGUCGAGUCCUACGCGAGAGACUUGGAUGUGGAGGAAAUGUAUGAAGUUGAUGACGUGCUACGCCUCUGGAAAAAACUCAAGGAGAUUCCAAGACCAAGGAGACGAGGCGCAAAGAUGUCAGCUGUGAAUGAGAACUCCGAGUCCUUCUACACUGGCAGCUAUGUUCAUGGAGGAGUUUGUGGAAUCAUGAAAUUGGCUCGGCAACUUCCAAAUACCACGGCCUACCUGGUGAAGGCCGCGAAGGAGAUAACCGGACAAAGCCAUUUUGGAUGUGUGGCUAUCGUUGAGAAUGUUGGCAUGGGCCCGCAUCGCGACAGCCACAACCAAAGGGGAACCGAGAAUACGAUCACGGCCUUGAAUGACUUUACCAAUGGUGAGGUAUGGGUUGAGAAGACAGAGGGCGACUACAGCUACGAUGAUGAGUGGAGACAAGUCGCCGAGGGUCAAUGGAAGCGUGGGAAACUUCAUGAACUACAACCUGGGAAAACAGUUGCCUUCUCACCGGGACAAUGGCAUCAAACAGAGCCUUGGACUGGAACCCGCAUUGCCCUGCUCACCUACACUCCAAGACUUACCAGCUUGAAGGAAGAGAUCGAAAGUGAACUUCGUGGGCUGGGUUUCAACUUACCAGAACAACGAGGUGGUUCCGAUGAGCAGGAUCAAGGUGAACGAGAGAGUGGUGCAUCGGAGUCUUUAUUUGAGCCUCCUAGCCAAGAGGAGAUUUCAACCUGGAGUGAAGGUCUGGCUAUGUUGAGCGAGGACCAGAAGGACCUUUUGGAUGACAUGCAGGAACGUUCCCUUGCUCUACGGCGCCUACUUGAGGAGGAGGAGAUACUGUUGGAGGAGUAUCGGAGACUUGGCAAGCAGGUCACAGAAGAGGUGGAUCAAACCCACCAAAUGAUCAUUGACAUGAUGGAGCAAACUGGGGAUGCAGUGGGUCAUGCUGAGCGACAAGAAGUAGAACACUGCUUGAAGGGUUUUCAGACUGAGGAGCUAGAGGACAACACGUUGGAUGACGUCGAGAAGCACCUCAGUGAGCUCACGGGAGGUCUACAAGUUGUGCUCAAUGUGCCGCUGGAUCAAGUGAAAAGGAACUUGCAGCUUUGGGUUCCUGCCAUCGACAAGGAGCUCGGAACCUUGUUUAAAGAUGGCGACAAUGGGACGCUGAAGCGCAUCUCCAUGAAGGAAGCUCGAGAGCGUGAGAGAAAAGGGGAGCUGGUGAUUGUCCCGAGCAAGCUGGUGUUUACGUGCAAGCCUCCCAAUCAAGGAGCAGCACCGAAGGCCCAGGAUGCGAGCAAGACAAAGGACACUGCCGCCAGAUGGAGGAGGAAGUGUCGCCUAGUUCUUUGCGGGAACUUUGCCGAAAGGCCGGAGGGACAAAGCCAAGCCGAACUAUAUGCUGCUGGAGCAUCCGCGGACUCCAUGCGGGUGGCCCUCACUUUGGCAAGCGCGUGCCACUGGGCAGGGGCUGGGUCCGAUAUCCAAGGAGCCUUCCUACUGGCGCCUUGGCCUGACCACAUGCGAAAGUAUGCCAUCAUACCGCCAAAGACUUUGAUCCUUGCAGAAAGGGCCACAGAGUCAGAAGCAUGGGAAGUGCACCGGGCUCUCUAUGGAUUGAGAGAGAGCCCGGCAGUUUGGAGUGAUUUUCGGAGGCAGAGGCUGAAAUCCGCAAAGGUGCCCUGGCGAGAUGGGUUCCUUACACUACGGGCGUCUAUAGUGGACCCUGAGGUCUGGAUGAUUCUCUACUCCGUUGACAACGCUCCGGACGUUUUGACAGGUGUCCUGGUGACCUAUGUUGAUGACCUGCUCUACCUGGCGGAGAAAGAGGUUAUAGUUGCACUACACGGAUGGCUUUGUGAAGACUGGCCCAGCAGUCCGUUAGAGUGGACCUCGGAUGGAACCCGCUACCUUGGUGUCGAGAUUGAGCAAGCAAAGGAGGGUCACUUCCUCAUCUCCCAACGAGGCUAUUUGGAAAGUCUUGUAAAGGGUUAUGAUCUUGAGCCGGGGGAGCAAAUUCGACUACCUUGUCCUCGUGAGUGGUUGGUUGACGAGGAUGAUACCGCAGAAACUCAGGAGGAGUUCACACCCGAUGAGCUCCGACGGGCUCAGAAAAUAACUGGAGAACUACUAUGGGUGACGAGGUCAAGGCCGGAUAUCCUUUUCAUCGUGACGAUGAUGGCUUCAGCCCUGGCAAGGAGACCGUGUCAUGUUUACCGCGUGGGUCUGAAGGUGAUGGCCUACCUGGCAGCUUCGGUGGAGGUGCAGCUACAGCUUGGAGGAAGACAACCAGUCGAGAACACAAGCACAACAACCACGGCAGCAGCAGACAUACCAACAGCAACCACCCACAAAGCAAACGUAGGGUUGGUUUUAGAAGGGUUUUCGGAUGCGUCCUUUGCGCCGUUUGGAGGACGGUCAUAUGGAGCUUCUACCAUAACCUUGAACGGUUCUGUUGUUGCGUGGAAGUGUGGAAGGCAUGCCUUUGCUACGAUGUCGGUUGCUGAAGCGGAGCUUUACGAAGCUGCUCAGACGACUCUGCUGAUGAAGGGGAUACAAGCAUUGGUCCAGGAGAUUGUGGGCAAGUGCGUUCCGCAAAUACUCUUGGUGGACAACAGUGCAGCUGUGUCUAUCAUUCACGGAUGUCAAGGAUCAUGGCGCACUCGUCACUUGAAGGUCCGGUGUGCGUUCAUUUCGGAUCUAGUCCAACAAGGAGCCUUGACCGUGAACCAUAUCAGUGGACAGAAGCAGCUAGCAGACUUGCCUACAAAGCUACACAGCAAACUACGGAUGUCAGAGCUGAUGACGGUUUCGCUAGCUGGAUGGGAUGAGCUCACAGUGGUUACAGCUUUGGUUUGCAUUGCAGCAGUUGGUUUGUGGGAGCUUGUGAAAAGGGCAGCUACAUGGGUCCUUGGGAUCAGGGACGAAACCACCAAAGAGAGGAGGUUGAGGAAGCUGCGUGACGUGGCAAGGUCCGCGGCGCAGGAGGAGCUGGACAGAGAGACCUUGCGACGUGAACUGGAGGCUGAGACAGCCAGUUUGAGAAGGCCUCUUCGAUCAUCGACCAGCGACCCUCCUACGCUGUCAAAGGCAACCACAAGAACGGCCGCCACGCAAACUCCUCCCCUUCCAGAGCCAGGUACGAGGAUUGAGACAAGGGUGGUGUAUGCAGAUCGCCCCGUUCCAGACGAUGUGCCCGUGAACUUGUUCUGGAAGACGACAGAUCACAGGAGUAAGGAAAAGGAAUCUGUGCGGAUGGCCUGCGCCGUGUAA